AUGAAUACAUCAUCAAAAUCCGAUAAUUUUCUUGCACAAUUUAAAGAUAUUAAUUCAAAUUCAUUAAAAUAUUUUACUGCUGCACAAUUUGUUGAAGUAUGGAAUCAUUAUGAUACUGAUGGCAAUGGUUAUAUUGAAGGUUCAGAAUUGGAUAAUUUUCUACGUGAAUUCAUCUACAGUGUAUUUUCUGAAGAAUUAGGAAAUGAGACAAUACCUAGCGAUGAGUUGGAAUUAAUGAAAAAAGAAUUUAUGGAGGCAUUCGAUGAAAAUUCUGACAAUCGAAUUGAGCUUACUGAAAUGGCUAAAAUUUUACCAACUGAAGAAAAUUUUAUCCUGUUGUUUCAUCGGGAUAAUCCAUUGGAUUCAAGUGUUGAAUUUAUGAGAGUGUGGAAACGUUUUGAUAAAGAUAGAAGUGGAUAUAUUGAAGCUGAUGAAUUGAAAUCAUUUCUUCUACACUUAUUGAAAGAAGCGAAACCGGAAACUAAUAUUGAAGAAGGAAAAUUAAUUGAGUAUACUUCAUCCAUCCUCCAGUUAUUCGAUCAAAAUAAAGAUGGUAAACUUCAACUCAGUGAAAUGGCAAGACUACUUCCUGUUAAAGAGAAUUAUUUAUGCAGACCAAUUUUCAAGAACGCUUCGAAAAUUACAUCAGCUGAUAUCGACCGAGCAUUUUCACUUUAUGAUCUUGAUGCAAAUGGUACAAUAGAAGAUGAAGAAUUAUCAGGAUUCCUUAAAGAUUUAUUGGAAUUAGCUCAAGAAGAUUAUGAUGAAGCUGAUUUGGAAUUUUUUAAAAAAGUCAUAUUAAAUCAAUGGGAUGUAAAUAAUGAUGGGAAAAUUAAUCGUGAUGAAUUAAAAAUGAUGCUUAUGCAACAAUCUCGUCUGUUAGGUGAUAGAUUAUGAAAAUUUAUCUAAUUAUUUAUUCAUUAUUAUUAUUAUUAUUACUAUUCAGUAUUUAUGUUAUCCAUUUUCAAACGAAAGAAACAAAUUGAGGAGACAAUCUCAACGAAAUAAAGAAGUGUAUUUCUACCUCGAUGAUGACUCCUCACUCAUUCACUCUUUCCCACUCUCUCUCUACCCCCCUAGUUUUUUUCAUUCAAUAAUGCAGUCAUACCUUCCUUUUAAUUUUCGUUUCCUUCUCUAUCAAUCGAUCAAUCAUUCUCUAUAGUUUAUUCAUAUUAACUUGCAUUUUUUAUUUCAUGAAGCCCAUUUUAUUGCAUAAUUAGUUCCGCUUAUUUUAAAAUUUAAAAAACACAAAAAAAAGUGUAUCUGUAUUCAUAAAAGUUUGAUUGAUUUUUCACUCAUGUCAUUAUUAUCUACAAUUGUAUUUUAUCAUUAAUAAAAUAGUAAUAAAUAAC